AUGUCAAUUGAUAAUGAACAAUUCAAUGAUGAAACUGACAAGGAUCUUGUAGAACAAUCAAAUAAUAAAACUGAUGAUGAACUUGAAGAAGCACUUCAAGAAUAUGAAGAAAGUGAAAGCUAUGAUGAAUUUUUUGAAGAAGUUAACGAAUCAUGGGAAGAAGUUAACUCACCGGCAGAAGAUGCUAUGAGCGGAAUGGAGAAGAUGUUAACAAAGUGUGAAACAUUAAAGAAUAGAAGAACAUUACCAAGAAU